AUGGGCCAGGAACAGUCCCAGGUCACAGAGGAUACGCCGCCUCUAACCCUGCAGGAGCGCACCCUGCCGGCCGUCGCCGAUCUCAUCAAGUCUGGCCGGGCGCGCCGCAUUGUGGUCAUGACGGGCGCGGGUAUUUCCACCGCCGCUGGCAUCCCCGACUUCCGCUCCCCCGACACAGGCCUCUACGCCAACCUCGCAGCCCUCAACCUCCCCGAACCCGAAGCCGUCUUCGACCUAACCUUCUUCCGGCAAAACCCACGGCCCUUCUACGUACUCGCGCGCGAACUCUACCCAGGCGCGCGUUACCGCCCCACCAUCUCGCACGUGUUUCUCGCCCUGCUUGCCCGCAAGGGCCUGCUGCAUGCGCUGUUCACGCAGAAUAUUGAUUGCUUGGAGCGUGCGGGGGGCGUGCCGGGGGACCGGAUUGUGGAGGCGCAUGGGAGUUUUGCGAGUCAGAGGUGUGUGGAUUGUAAGGUUUUGUUUGAUGAGGGGAAGAUGAGGGGGUUUGUGGAGAGGGGGGAGGUGCCGAGGGCCGAUGACGGGGUGUGUGGUGGGCUGGUGAAGCCGGAUAUCGUGUUCUUUGGGGAACCGUUGCCGCGGGCGUUUUUCGACCGUAUGUCGGCUGUGAAGGAGGCUGAUUUGGUGCUGGUUAUGGGCACCAGUCUGCAGGUCCACCCGUUUGCGGGGUUGCCGGAUAUGGUGAAUGAGGACAUCCCGCGUGUGUUGUUCAACCUGGAGCGGGUCGGGUCGUUUGGGACGCAGGCGGAUGAUGUCAUGGUGUUGGGGGACUGUGAUGGCGGGGUGCGGCGGCUGGCGGAUGAGUUGGGGUGGCGGGACGAGCUGGAGAAGACGUGGCGGGAGUUGGUGGGUGAUGAGGAGGCUGAGAGGCAGUUGCAGGGCGCGGCGAAGAGGGUGGCGAAGAGACAGGACGAGGUGAGCAAGUUGGCGGAUGAGGUGGAUCAGGCGCUGCAUAUUGGGGACGAGGAAGGGAGUGUGAAGCGUGAGGGAGGAGAGAAAGAGCCAGUUGUCGGUUCUGUUAAGGGUACUACCCAAACAGCAGGUAGUGAGGCCCAGACGGCGAAAACUGAUGAAGCUGGAAUCGCUUCGGAGAACGAAGCUUUGGCUGGUGUUGGGGAUCAGUAUUCUUCGGCAAACACCAGCGACAACGCAAAGACAAAGACGGAUGGGACGGGCUAG